AUGCUGCUUAGGAUACAACACUGCGCUGUUACCCCUGUGAUAGUACCAUUUGCAAGAAAUAAGAAUCAAAAAAAAAGAAAUCAGUCUCAAACGCAGCUCACAGAUACACAAUCUGGUAUUAUCUUUUUUUUCCACCAUCUUCCCCUUCUUCCCAUUUACUCAGUCCAAUGUACUUACCACCCUCCCAUUCUCAUCAUAAUCCUAGAUGAUCUGGUUUACCUAAGCAAGACUUUAGCGCUGAGGUGGCAAAAAAAAAUGAGGGGGUAG